CCAGAUGUGAAGUUUGAUGGAGGUGCGCGCGGGUGCAGUGAUGGGGAUCUGACAGGUUUGUGUCCACACUGAGGAGGAUGUUGUCCGCAGUGCUCUGAGAGUCUCGUCAGUGUGAUCAGUGUAAUCAGUAUUGACCGUCACUGCGCUGCUAUGAUCACGUCUGAGCUGCCCGUCCUGCAAGAGUCCUGCGGCGAGUCCGGCCAGGCAGAGGCGGUCAGUCUGAGUCUGAGUGAACUGGACCAGGACGACAGGACGAGGAAGAAGAGAGCAAAGCCCAGCAGGCCACUGGCUCCUAAUAAGAAGGCGCGUCAGGAGAAGAGCCAGGUGGGGGCGCCACAGAGCCGGAGAGUGAACGGAUUUCAGCAGAACGGAGGGGAAAACACAGUCACUCUGUUUGAGAUGGUUAAACAGGGCAAGAGUGCCAUGCAGUCGGUGGUGGAUGACUGGAUCGAGUCCUAUAAACAGGACAGAGAUCUGGCCCUGCUGGACCUCAUCAACUUCUUCAUCCACUGCUCCGGCUGCAAAGGUGCUGUGAGAAUCGAGAUGUUUCGCAACAUGCAGAACGCAGAGAUCAUCCGCAAAAUGACGGAGGAGUUUGAUGAGGACAGCGGUGAUUACCCACUGACCGUCUCUGGUCCGCUAUGGAAGAAAUUCCGCUACAGUUACUGUGAGUUCAUCACGGUUCUGAUCCGGCAGUGCCAGUACAGCAUCAUCUAUGACGAGUACAUGAUGGACACAGUCAUCUCCCUGCUGACCGGCCUGAGUGACUCACAGGUCCGAGCGUUCAGGCACACCAGUACACUCGCAGCGAUGAAGCUGAUGACGGCUCUGGUGAACGUGGCGCUGAACCUCAGCAUCCACCAGGACAACACACAGAGACAGUACGAGUCCGAACGCAACAAAAUGAUCGGCAAGAGAGCCAACGAGAAACUGGAACUGCUUCUGCAGAAGAGGAAGGAGCUCCAGGAAAACCAAGAUGAGAUUGAAAACAUGAUGAACUCGAUCUUCAAGGGAAUCUUCGUUCACCGUUACAGGGAUGCGAUAGCUGAGAUCAGAGCCAUCUGCAUAGAGGAGAUCGGAGUGUGGAUGAAAAUGUACAGCGACGCCUUCCUGAACGACAGUUACCUAAAGUAUGUAGGGUGGACUUUACACGACCGGCAAGGGGAGGUUCGGCUGAAGUGCCUAAAGGCCUUACAGAAUCUCUACUCACACCGAGAGCUCUUCCAGAAACUGGAGCUGUUCACAAACCGCUUCAAGGAUCGGAUAGUGUCUAUGACUCUGGAUAAAGAAUAUGACGUGGCAGUUGAGGCCAUCAGAUUAAUCACCUUAAUUCUGCAAGGCAGUGAGGACGCUCUGUCCGGCGAUGACUGUGAGAAUGUGUAUCACCUGGUGUAUUCCGCACACCGACCGGUCGCCAUGGCUGCAGGAGAUUUUCUCCACCGCAAGCUGUUCAGUAGGCAUGAUCCUCAGGCUGAAGAGGCUCUGGCGAAGCGUCGGGGGAGGAGCAGCCCAAACGGGAACCUGAUCAGGAUGUUGGUGCUGUUCUUUCUGGAAAGUGAGCUUCAUGAGCAUGCAGCGUAUCUGGUGGACAGUCUGUGGGACAGUUCUCAGGAUCUGCUGAAGGACUGGGAGUGUAUGACCGAACUACUGCUGGAGGAGCUGGUGCAGGGAGAGGAGGUGUUGUCAGACAGACAGGAGAGCGCUCUGAUUGAACUGACCGUCUGCUCCAUCCGGCAGGCCGCAGAAGCUCAUCCUCCUGUGGGCAGAGGAACGGGCAAAAGGGUGUUGACUGCAAAAGAGAGGAAGACUCAGACUGAUGACAGAAAUAAGCUGACGGAGCACUUCAUCAUGGCUCUCCCCAUGUUACUGUCGAAGUACCAGGCGGACUCUGAGAAAGUGGCCAACCUCCUGCAGAUCCCUCAGUACUUUAAUUUGGACGUCUACAGUACAGGACGGAUGGAGAAGCACCUGGAUGCUCUUCUGAAGCAGAUGAGGCUGGUGGUGGAGAAGCACACGGAGCCGGAGGUUCUGGAGGCCUGCAGUAGAACUUUCAGCAUACUGUGCAGUGAGGAGCUCAGUAUCAUGAACAGAGUGGACAUCGCCCGGAGCCAGCUGAUAGACGAGCUGACUGACAGAUUCAGCCACGCAGUGGAGGAGCUUCUGCAGGAGGGAGAUGAAGCAGAUGAUGAUGACAUUUACAGCGUCCUGUCCACCCUCAAAAGACUCACUGCCUUCCACAAUGCCCAUGAUCUGACCAGGUGGGACCUGUUUGGGAACUGUUAUCGCUUGUUGAGAGCAGGGAUAGAGCACGGCUCAAUGCCAGAGCAGAUAGCAGUCCAGGCUCUGCAGUGCUCACAUUAUUCAAUCCUGUGGCAGUUGGUGAAGAUCACAGAAGGCUCUCCAUCCAAGGAUGAUCUGAUUGCACUGAGAAGAGUGGUCAAAUCAUUCUUGGCUGUGUGUCAACAGUGUUUAUCCAAUGUCAACACACCGGUCAAAGAGCAGGCCUUCAUGCUGCUGUGUGACCUGCUGAUGAUCUUCAGCCACCAGCUGAUGGCGGGCGGAAGAGAGGGCCUGCAGCCGCUGGUGUUUAACCCAGACUCUGUGCUGCAGAACGAGCUGCUCAACUUUGUCCUGGACCAUGUGUUCAUCGAGCAGGAUGAAGAGAACCAGAGUGUAGAUGGAGAUGAGGAAGAUGAAGCCAAUAAGAUCGAAGCCUUACACAAGAGGAGGAACCUGCUGGCUGCCUUCAGCAAACUCAUCAUCUACGACAUAGUGGACAUGUCGGCAGCUGCAGACAUCUUCAAACACUACAUGAAGUACUAUAACGACUACGGGGACAUCAUUAAGGAAACAUUAAGCAAGACCAGACAAACGGACAAGAUCCUGUGCGCCAAAACGCUAAUCCUGAGCCUACAGCAGCUCUUUAAUGAGCUGAUCCAGGAUCAGGGCCCAAAUCUGGACCGCACCUCGUCCCAUGUGAGUGGGUUAAAGGAGCUGGCACGGCGCUUCGCUCUGACCUUCGGCCUGGACCAGAUCAAAACCAGGGAGGCUGUGGCCACUCUGCACAAGGAUGGGAUUGAGUUCGCAUUCAAGCUUCCGAACCCGAAAGGGCCCGACUGGCCCCCUCCGAACCUGGCCUUUUUGGAGGUCCUGUGUGAAUUCUCCUCCAAACUGCUGCGCCAAGACAAGAAAACAGUCCACUCGUACCUGGAGAAGUUCCUGACGGAGCAGAUGUGUGAGCGGCGGGAGGACGUGUGGUUGCCCCUCAUUUCCUACAGAAACUCGCUGCUGACCGGUGGAGAUGAUGACCAUGGCUCCAUCACCAGCGGUGGCAGCAGCAGGACCGGAUCCGUCCGCAGCAGGAAGAGCCGAGCCGCCCACAGGAAACGCACUGAGGAGGAGAGUGCGGAGGGUCAGUGGGCGAUGAAGGCUGAUCCCCCACCCACUGCCCAGCUAACGUCCACAGAGCUGGAGGAAAACCCCUCACACGCCCCUGACCACGCCCAAAGACACAGUCCUGACCCCGCCCCCGAGCAGCAGGCUGAACCCGACCCAGAGCCCGACUACGGCCACAAUGCGGAGAUGUUGUGGCAGCAGAAGCCAGAGGAUGUGAACAGGAAGGAGAGAACUGCAGUGAGCUAUAUGAAGGCUCGGAGUGGGGGGGUCCGGCAGACUGUUCGAGGGCUGAUGGAGGACGAUGCCGAACCCAUUUUUGAGGAUGUAAUGAUGUCAUCUCGAGGUCAGCUGGAGGACAUGAACGAGGAAUUUGAGGACACUAUGGUCAUUGAUCUGCCUCCGUCCCGUAACCGGAGAGAGAGAGCAGAACUGAGGCCGGAUUUCUUCGACUCGGCUGCCAUGAUGGAGGAUGAACCGGGUUUUUCGAUGCCGAUGUUCUGAGGCGAUUAAAGGACACCGUGAUCUCCAGCGUCCACAGAGGAGCUUCACUGAGUCAGAGCUCUUCCUCACAGGAGCGUCCAGCUUCUCCUGCUGUUCUGGACGCUGAGUUUAACCCUCCUGUUAUGUCCAAGUGUGAGAAACCUCAAUAAUCAAGUAUCAGACUGAACCGAUCCACAUUUAACCUUCCAAAAGUAGUUUAACAAUAGAUUUUUCUUCAUAAACAUCAUCUUUAGCUCAAUUCAUAUCAAUUUAAUCAACAUUAAAUUAAAAAAAAAUUUUCAAACUGUUUAUUUGUGCACUGGCAAAAAUUAGACAUUCAACA